AUGAAGGCCUCUCAGAUUCUUUCCAUACUCGGCUUUGCUGCCUUUGCUCUUGCUCAGAGCGAAAGCCUGGCUCCUUCACCGACGGAGAGUGUCGGCUGCGAGCCUCACGGUGACCACUGGCACUGCGAGGGCGCGCGCGCCACCACCGCCGCAGCAGUCAGCGGAACCACCCUCCUCACAAGCGUUGCUGCCGCGACCACCACCGCCACCGAGGACCACGACCACGACCACGAUGACGACCACACUUCCGGCACUGGCAGCCUUGCUCCUUCUCCCACUGAGUCUGUCGGCUGCGAGCCCCAUGGCGACCACUGGCAUUGCGAUGCUGCUGCCACCGCCGCCUCUGGCACCGCCUCUGCCUCGGGCACUGGAUCCGCUGCCGUCACCACUACUGCUGCGGCUACUACUGGCGCCACUGGAACUACUGCCGCUGGCAGCGCUUCUCCCAGCUCUACUGCCGUUCCUGCCGGAGCUGCUCGCGCUGGUUUUGGUGCUGCUGCCAUCGCUGUCGCGAUCAUGGCUUUAUGGGGUGUCGAUAUGACGGCUGUAGUAGGACAGCGGGCAGGCCAAAUCGGGGAAAACUUCGAGAAGCUGGGCCACCUAAGGGCAUCUCUCUUCCCUUCCACUCCAGAUGGAGAUGGGCUUUAA